UAUAUAUAUAUAUAGAUAUAAAAGCUGUUCUGUAUUCAUAAUAGGUAGAAUUGAAGCAUUUUUGUCUUCUGGUUUUUAUUGGUUGGAGGAAUGGAACCAGAAAAAACGUGGUUAGGGAGCUCUCUCCCCGUUCCUUGUGUUCAGGAGCUGGCGAAGGAGAUGACGGGGACAGUGCCGCCGAGGUAUGUGCGUCCCGAUCAGGAACCUCCCAACGUGUCCGACUCCACAGUUGCUUUACCCCAAGUCCCAGUCAUCGACAUGCAAAAGCUAUUCUCCACGGAAUUUAUGGACUCUGAGUUGGACAAGAUGCACCAUGCAAGCAAAGAAUGGGGCUUCUUUCAGUUAAUAAAUCAUGGGGUGAGUAAUAGAUUGUUGGAGAACAUGAAAUUCGACAUUCAAGAAUUUUUUAAGCUGCCGAUGGAAGAGAAGAAGAAGUAUUGGCAAGAACCAGAAGAUUUGGAAGGGUAUGGGCAGGUCUUUGUCGUAUCCGAAGACCAAAAGCUUGAUUGGGGAGACAUGUUCUACAUGGUCACGCUUCCAACCUAUUUGAGGAAGCCCCACUUGUUCCCCAAGCUCCCCAUACCGUUCAGAGAUAACUUAGAAGCUUAUUCAACAGAGCUUCAAAACCUUGCAAUGAAAAUCCUUGAACUUAUGGCAAAAGCUCUAAAAAUGGAAAAUAAUGACAUGAAGAACCUCUUUGAAGAUGGGAUGCAGGGAGUUAGAAUAAACUACUACCCCCCAUGUCCGCAACCAGAGCUUGUGAUUGGCCUCAAUCCACACUCUGAUGCUGUCGGCCUAACAAUCCUCCUCCAACUCAAUGAAAUGGAAGGCCUCCAAAUAAGAAAAGAUGGGAUGUGGAUGCCUAUUAAACCCCUCCCUAAUGCUUUUAUUGUCAACAUCGGAGACAUUUUGGAGAUUGUGACCAACGGAAUAUACCGUAGCAUUGAGCAUCGGGCUACUGUUAACUCAGUUAAGGAGAGGCUCUCUAUGGCCACAUUUUACAACCCUAGACUGGACGGAGAUAUGGGUCCAGCACCAAGCCUUAUUACUCCAGAAUCACCAGCAUUGUUUAAAAGAAUAGGGGUUUCAGAUUACUUCAGGGGACUUUUCUCUCGGAAACUCGAUGGAAAGUCGUACAUUGAUGUCAUGAGGGUCCAGAGUGAGGAAUAGAAAGGCUAUUGAGACUUAUCUUUCAAAUUGAAAAACUCAAUGACUACAGUAUUACUACUCUAUGUAUAAAGAAAUAAAUACCAUAAAAGCUAUUGUGUAAAAUGAGUGCUACCUAUUGGUGGAUCCUAUGUUCAAUAUCCUGUUUUGAUUAUAUGUAAGCCAUAUUUAAAUAAACACAUAUUCAUGAUAAAAUUGUUUGUUUUGCCAA